CCCUAGCGGGGCCUCCUCCUGCCACGUGAUGCCCCCGCCAGGGGCCCCCCGCGCCCUCCUCUCGGACGCGCCGUUCCAGCUCCUGGCCCCGCCCGCGCGCGGCCUCCUCCUUGGCGCAGCCAUCCCCGCGCAAAGCCCACGGCAUCUGCCAUUUGUCACUCAGCCCAUCGGCACCGCCCCGAGCCCUCAUUUAGACACGUCUGGGGCGGACUCCAGCCUCACUCUGCAGGAGGACGCGCCGCUGGACAGACGGGGCGGCUCUCCUGGCUGCCCAGCGGACCGCGGGCCUUCGAGCACCGGAGCACCAGGCGCUUCCCGGGGUCGCCGGCCUGGCCGCGGACGCGGCUCCCCCGCAAAGCCGCCGUGCCUGAUUCCGGGGGUCUCCCGCGCCCGCAGGGUCCUUGCUACCUGAUUGACAGAAUUGUCCUCACUGACUUUUGAUUACUUACACCUCUGAUGGUGACCCCUGUUUCUGGUCACAUCUAAAAUUCCUCUCUAUUGCAAACUAAGGCAUUUGCAUAGGAAUCAGAGGCGCUAAUCUUAUGUGCAAGUUCUUUUCUUGCAGAUUGUGGUCCUUCAGCUCCAGAAAGACCCCUUGACCAUCAUUGCUGCCGCUGCUUCCUGAGUAGGAUUUGUGGAUGAACCACUGACUUCGCGUCUUCUGAAUUUGUUGACAGUGACAAAGGAAGACAGUCUGGUGACCGCUCUAGUGAUGCAGAUUACCUUUCUGCUCCUGGAAUCUCAUCUCUGCCUCAGCUUUUCUUCUUCCAACUUCAGACUGCAUAUAAAGUGGGAUGUGGGAAAUCAGGAGAUCGAACUAGUGAUUACUGAGAGGCCCAUGCGUGGGUAGGCCCACUCCUACCUUCGGUAGACCACGCCGCAUCCCUGGGGUUCCGCUGCCAUGGCUCUGCCCAUGCGUUCAGUCAACCCUCCUUCCGUUUGUGCUUAACUGGCACAGCCCUUGCUCAGCGCAUCUGAAAAGGAAGGUAUCAGAAGCAAAACCCAUGGCCACCUACCCCUGCCAGUUAUGUGGCAAGACGUUCCUCACCCUGGAGAAGUUCACUAUCCACAGUUAUUCCCACUCCAGGGAGCGACCUUUCAAGUGCUUGCAGCCAGAAUGUGGCAAAGCCUUCGUCUCCAGAUAUAAAUUAAUGAGGCACAUGGCGACCCAUUCACCCCAGAAAUCUCACCAGUGCGCCCACUGUGAGAAGACCUUCAACCGCAAAGACCACCUGAAGAACCACCUCCAAACCCACGACCCCAACAAAAUGGCCUUUGGGUGUGAGGAGUGUGGCAAGAAGUACAACACCAUGCUGGGGUACAAGCGUCACCUGGCCCUGCACAAGGCCAACAGCGGCGACCUCACCUGUGGGGUCUGUGCCCUGGAGCUCGCCAGCACGGAGGUGCUGCUCAACCACCUCAAAGCCCACGCCGAUGAGAAGCCCCACGGGGCCAAGGAGAAGAAGCACCAGUGCGACCACUGCGAGAGAUGCUUCUACACCCGCAAGGAUGUCCGGCGCCACAUGGUGGUCCACACAGGAUGCAAGGACUUCCUGUGCCAGUUCUGUGCCCAGCGCUUCGGGCGCAAGGAUCACCUCACCCGCCACACCAAGAAGACCCACUCGCAGGAGCUGCUGAAGGAGAGUCUGCAGCCGGGAGAUCUGCUGAGCACCUUGCAUGCUCUCUCCCCCCAGUUUCAGCUCAAGGCGGCUGCCUUGGCGCCUUUCCCUUUGGGGGGUCCUGUCCAGAACGGGCUGGCAAAUAGCUUGCAGGGGGAGGUUCACGGGCACCCCCACAAUCUGGCAGAGCAGCACCCGCAGCCUAUCAUACCGCUGCCAGAGCCCUUGGUGCCUCUGCACCCGGUGGCAGCUCCCAACUCGCCGCCACCCCUGCAGAAUCACAAAUACAACGCGGGUCCUACCUCGUAUGGUCCCCUGGGCAAUCUGCCCCUCAAAACCGAGACAAAACCAUACUGCAACAUGAAUUUGCUGGAGGACUUGCCUCUGCAAGAGCCUCAGUCACCUCACAAGCUCAACCCGGGUUUUGACCUGGGCAAGGGGAGCGCUGGCAAAAUAAACCUGCCCAAAGAGCUCUCCCCAGAUGCUGUGAACCUGACCAUGGCUGCCUCUCUGGAUCUCUCCCCACUGCUGGGUUUCUGGCAGCUGCCCCCUCCUCCCCAAAAUGCUUUUGGGAACGGCACUCUUGCCCUGGGGCCUGGGGAGGCUCUGCCCCAUCGCUUAAGCUGUCUGGGGCAGCAGCAACAAGAUCCAUCACUUGGCAUGAACACCAUGGGCCUGGGCCAGCUGGCCCUGCCACCUCUGCCUCAUGUGUUCUCGGCUGCCACCGGCCAGGCCAUUCUGCCUCAUUUCCACCAUGCAUUCAGAUGAAUGGCUUUUCAGGCACACUAAUUCUGGAAGGUGUUUUAAGAUGCUUUCUUAAAACAUCUGUUAGGAUACACGGAAAGGAAAACUGGACCGGAAAUAAUGGCUUACUCUGUGAUGACUAGCGUUGAGAUAGCGAGUUUCUUGAAUUGCAUGUUUUUUGUUUUUUUUGUUUUUUUUCUUUUUGGUGCCAAUCUGUCUUGAGUAUUCAUGCUUCAUACCAAAUUUACUACGCAAGUAUUCUCUCAUGGAACUGCAUAUACGUAUUGUCAUGACUGGCAUCCAAACCCGGGCUGCUAUAUUUAGGCGUUCGUCAAGUUGAAUUUAAUCACAAGCCCUCAUCAUAAUCCCGUUGACUAACUUUACUUGGGCAAUGCCUACAGUAAGGGACAUAUGGCAAGCUUUGGACUGCUCCAAAGUUUUAGGAAUUUUUAAGAUAAGAAAAUAACCUUUGUAUCGCAUAUUAUUACUAGUCUGUGUACUUCUUUUCAGAGACUUUUUUGCCUUCAGAGUUAGAUGUAGUUUAGUUAGUUUUGUCAUAGCCAACCUUUAGUGUUAUGGAAACAAUUUCUUGUGGAAUAAUUGACAUCAACACCUUAAAAAAAUACUUAAAUGUAGUUUGAAUAUUUUCCACGGGAUGCUAUAAUGUGAGUUAUCAUUUACUUCAUUUAUCUUAGACUAAACUGAUUGUCAUUUAACCAAAAAAAAAAGAGAAAAAAGAAAAAGAAAAAAAAAAAAACCUCUGUAACCUGAUUAAGUGGCAAAAUAAUCCAGGCGUCAGCCAAGAAAAGCAUUUUGCUGACUUUAAUACUGAUUAUAUUUUUAGCAGGAAUUAGAGAAUAUUACUGGAAUUUGAAAAAAUAUAUCUCUUAAACAAAACUUUUCUUUGCGCUGGCUUAAAAUACUUAAAAUGCUUAAGUGCUGAGUAUUAUUUUUAAUCAUCGAUAAGUGAUUGCAUUUAAAAAUUCAUCAUUUAUUUCAAUGUUAGUUUUUCUUCGAAAAUGUUAACCUUUUACAAUGUAGCCGUAAUCUCUUUUGAAUUUGGUUUCUAAUGAGUUUUGAAGAUAAGAAAUGUAACCUUUUUUUUUUUAACUUCUUUGUCAUUUGCAUUUAGAGGCUUUCUAUAUCAAUAUAUAUCUUACAUAUAAUAAAAUACAAAAUCUCCA